UCCAAUGUGUUCUCCAUGUUUGAGCAGGCUCAGAUCCAGGAAUUUAAAGAGGCCUUUACCAUCAUGGACCAGAACAGAGACGGUUUCAUCGACAAGAAUGAUCUCAGGGACACUUUUGCUGCUCUAGGACGUGUCAAUGUGAAACAGGAAGAGAUCGAUGAGAUGCUCAAAGAGGCUCCUGGCCCAGUCAACUUCACUGUCUUCCUCACCAUGUUCGGGGAAAAGCUGAAAGGUGCUGAUCCAGAGGACACCAUCCUCAACGCGUUUAAAGUCUUCGACCCUGAGGGGAAAGGUGUGCUGAAGAAGGACUAUGUGACACAGAUGCUAACAACACAAGCGGACCGAUUCACCCCUGAGGAGAUGGUGCAGAUGUUUGCCGCCUUCCCCCCAGAUGUGGCAGGUAACCUGGACUACAAGAACCUGGUUCACAUCAUUACCCAUGGAGAGGAAAAGGACCAGGAGUAAACAUUUCUGUCAACGUCAAAUAUAAAGUCAGUUUGUUGCCAGUACAUGACAUGAAACUGGCCCACUGCCCUUGAAGAAGAUAUGGACUGUGGAUUGUUUUUCAUCUUUGUGUUGGUUACAUUGUCUCUGUUCAGUAGGAUCAAGACAACAUGUUCUCUUAAACCCCCAAAACCAACAAGCAUCCACAUAGUAAGCUCCCUUUCUGCUUUAUCUGCAGUAUGUUCCCACAUUUACCAGGGACUACUUAAAUUAUUUUCCGUAUUAUCUUAAUAUUUUACACUCCAUAUCACCUAUAUAUUUUCCUAGUAAAUAUAGUUAGGCAUUUGCAUGUUCGUCUAAUAAAAGUUUUUAAAAACAG